CACAACAGGAAGAAACAUCUAGCUAGCUUCACGUGCUCCUCUUCCUCAGCUUCAAACAAACGUAUCAUACCAAAAACUUCAGGUAAAUGUAACUUGUAGCUAUAUAAUCUAACAAUGAACAAUUGAUCUUACAUUGUCAGUCAGUGUCGUUGAAUUUGGCAUGUAAACGCAUUACAUAGUGAUAGUGCAACGUCUUUUAAACGCAUUCUCGUAAGCCUAGCUAACGUUAGCUAGAACGCUAACGCGGGGUCAUUCAGCUCUCCUCAUCAAAUCAGUCUACACCGACUAAUGCCGCGUUCAGAACAACUCAGAAAUCUCCGACCUCCGAGCGUUCACGACAACUUGGAACUCGGAAAAAACGAGAUCCGACUGGGAAAUAUUGUGGAAAAGUUAAGUAAUUUCAAUAAUUCAAUUGACAAAGUGAAACUCAUAUCGUGGAUUAAUUACAGAAAAAGUGAAAUAGUUCAAGCCUGUAUUUGUUUUAAUCUUGAUGAUUAUGGCUUACAGCUCAUGAAAACCCCAAAUUCAGUAUCUCAGAAAAUUUGAAUAUGACAUAAGACCAGUGAAAAAAGGACAUUGAAUACAGACAUGUCGGCCUUCUGAAAAGUAUGUUCUUUUACAUGCAGUCAGUACUUGGUUGGGGCGCCUUUUGCAUGAAUCACUGCAUCUAUGCGGCGUGGCAUGGAGUCGAUCAGCCUGUGGCACUGCUGAGGUGUUAUGGAAGCCCAGGUUGCUUCGAUAGCGGCCUUAAGCUCGUUUGCAUUGUUGGGUCUCAUAUCUCAUCUUCCUCUUGACGACAGAGCCUGGAUUCGAACCAGGAUCUCUAGUGGCACAGCUAGCACUGCAAUGCAGUGCCUUAGACCACUGCGCCACUCGGGAGGACUUACAAAUUGGUGCAUUCACCCUAUAGCCAGUGGGAUAACCACUUUACAAAUUUUUUGUUUUAGGGGGGGGGGGGGGGUAGAAGGAUUACUUUAUCCUAUCCCAGGUAUUCCUUAAAGAGGUGGGGUUUCAAAUGUCUCCGGAAGGUGGUGAGCGACUCCGCCGUCCUGGCGCCGUGAGGGAGCUUGUUCCACCAUUGGGGUGCCAGAGCAGCGAACAGUUUUGAUUGGGCUGAGCGGGAACUAUGCUUCCGCAGAGGAAGGGGAGCCAGCAGGCCAGAGGUGGAUGAACGCAAUGCCCUCGUUUGGGUGUAGGGACUGAUCAGAGCCUGAAGGUACGGAGGUGCCGUUCCCCUCACAGCUCCAUUGGCAAGCACCAUGGUCUUGUAACAGAUGCGAGCUUCAACUGGAAGCCAGUGGAGUGUGCGGAGGAGCGGGGUGACAUGAGAGAACUUGGGAAGGUUGAACACCAGACGGGCAGCGGCAUUCUGGAUGAGUUGUAGGGAUUUAAUGGCACAGGCAGGGAGCCCAGCCAACAGUGAGUUGCAGUAAUCCAGACGGGAGAUGACAAGUGCCUGGAUUAGGACCUGUGCCGCUUCCUGUGUAAGGCAGGGUCGUACUCUCCGAAUGUUGUAGAGCAUGAACCUGCAGGAUCGGGUCACCGCCUUGAUGUUAGCGGAGAACGACAGGGUGUUGUCCAGGGUCACGCCAAGGCUCUUCGCACUCUGGGAGGAGGACACAACGGAGUUGUCAACCGUGAUGGCGAGAUCAUGGAACGGGCAGUCCUUCCCCGGGAGGAAGAGCAGCUCCGUCUUGCCAAGGUUCAGCUUGAGGUGGUGAUCCGUCAUCCAUACUGAUAUGUCUGCCAGACAUGCAGAGAUGCGAUUCGCCACCUGGUUAUCAGAAGGACAAUACCCCAUAAAUUCUCUAUGGGGUUCAGAUCAGGUGGGAUUGCUGGCCAAUCAAGCACAGUAAUCCCAUGGUCAUUGAACCAGGUAUUGGUACCUUUGGCAGUGUGGGCAGGUGCCAAAUCCUGCUGGAAAAUGAAAUCGCAUCUACAUAAAGCUUGUCAGCAGAAGGAAGCAUGAAGUGCUCAAACAUUUCCUGGUAGAUGGCUGAGUUGACUUUGGACUUGAUGAAACACAGUGGACCAACACCAGAAGAGGACAUGGCUUCCCAAAUCAUCACUGACUGGAAACUUCACACUGGACUUCAAGCAACUUGGAUUCUGUGCCUCUCCACUCUUCCUCCAGACUCUGGGACCUUGAUUGCCAAAUUAAAUGUAAAAUUUACUUUCAUCUGAAAAGAGGACUUUGGACCACUGAGCGACAGACCAGUUAUUUUUCUCCUUAGCCCAGGUAAGACACUUCUGACGUUGCCUCUGGUUCAGGAGUGGCUUGACACGAGGAAUGCGACAGUUGUAGCCCAUUUCCUGGAUACAUCUGUGCGUGGUGGCUCUUGAUGCACUGACUCCUGCCUCAGUCCACUCCUUGCCCACAUUUUUGAAUGGCCUUUGCUUGACAAUCCUCUCAAGGCUCCGGUUAUCCCUGUUGCUUGUGCACAUUUUCCUACCACACUUCUUCCUUCCACUCGACUUUCCACGAAUACGCUUGCAUAAUGCACUCUGAACAGCCAGCUUCUUUAGCAAUGAUCUUUUGAGGCUUUCCCUCCUUGUGGAGGGUGUUGAUGACUGUCUUCUGCACAACUGUCAAGUCAGCAGUCUUCCCCAUGAUUGUGAAGCCUACUGAACUGGACUGAGAGACCAUUUAAAGGCUCAGGAAACUUUGCAGGUGUUUUGAGUUAGUAGCUGAUUAGAGUGUGACUCCUUGAGUCUACAAUAUUGAACUUUUUCACAAUAUUCUAAUUUUCUGAGAUACUGAAUUUGGGGUUUUCAUGAGCUGUAAGCCUUAAUCAUCAAGAUUAAAACAAAUACAGGCUUGAACUAUUUCACUUUUUGUGUAAUUAAUCCAUGAUAUGAGUUUCACUUUGUCAAUUGAAUUAUUGAAAUUACUUAUCUUUUCCACAAUAUUCUAAUUUAUUUGAGCUGCACCUGUAUAUUUGGAGUCUUUGGCCAAGUCGGGAACUCGGGCCUCUUUCCAGAGCUCCGACUUUCUGACCUGAAGAUCAAUGAGUCAUGAUUAAUCUCGUAUUUUUCCGAGUUCCCAGUUGUCUUGAACGCACCAAUAACACUGGUAUAGACUAAGAUUUUUAUAACUAAACCAAGCUAGACCACAGCCUGUCAUUUCUAAUGGGAACAAAUGAGUCAGUGGUUCGAACAAGCAAGGAGGUGGGCAGAGUCAGGCUGGGAUAGGCUCCUAUUGGCGUGUUCUAGCCUGCAUCUGCAUAUUUCCGUUAGGGAACACCUACUCUGAAGUGUGCCUGUGCAAUAACACAAUUCGCCUUUGCGCUCCUUCUAAACAAUGCAAUUUUUAAAAAACGUUUAGAAAGGGUAAAGUUCCCUUUUAAUCGCUACAUUGGUGGCUGCUGUGGGAUAGUCUCUCAGGCCACUGUUGGAUGUGUUCCCCUGUUUUAUGUGCAGGGACCUUCCAGAGAAAGGGGAUAGUGAAGCCUCCCUGUAUAUGAGUGAGUUACUGCCUCUGCACAGAAGUCCAAGCUUUUAUGGUACAGGUAGUAGUGCACAAGGUCCCCGGUUCAAACCCUACUCUGACCUUUCCUCUAGCAAUUCCAUGGCAACAGAAUUCCUGAGACUCAGAUUUCUCACUUUAAAAUUAUACCAAACAAAAAACAUUGAUUUUAAAGUUUAACAAACCAGACAACUCUAUGCACAUUUGAACUGUGCAGAUAAAGUUUCGUAACACAAUAAAACUGAGGGAGAUUUUACCGUAAUUCUGUUACCAAACUUUGCAUUUGCACAGUUUUUGCAGUAAAUGAUUGUUUCGUUUUUUUUACUGUGUAAAUUAUUCAAUGUAGUCAUUGUGCAUAGUUGUAUGGUUUCUUAAACUUUCAAACCAAUGUUUGUAAUAUAUUUUAAAGUCUCAGCAUAAUUCAUUUACAGUCGAAUUGCCCCCUCCUCAAUCACUACUUAAAUAUACUAAACAAAAAUGUAAAUGCAACAUCUAAAGUGUUGGUCCCAUGUUUCAUGAGCUGAAAUAAAAGAUCCCAGAAAUGUUCCAUACGCACAAAAAGCUAAUCUGGGUGCUCGUCGUCCUCACCAGGGUCUUGACCUGACUGCAGUUCGGCGUUGUAACUGACUUCAGUGGGCAAAUGCUCACCUUCGAUGGCCACUGGCACGCUGGAUAAGUGUGCUCUUCACGGAUGAAUCCUGGUUUCAACUGUACCGGGCAGAUGGUAGACAGCGUGUCGUGUAGGCGAGCGGUUUGCUGAUGUCAACGUUGUGAACAGAGUGCCCCAUGGUGGCGGUGGGGUUAUGGUAUGGGCAGGCAUAAGCUACGGACAACAAACACAAUUGCAUUUAAUUUAAUUUUGAAUGCACAGAGAUACCAUGACGAGAUCUUGAGGCCCAUUGUCGUGCCAUUCAUCCGCCUCAUGUUUCGGCAUGAUAAUGCAAGGCCCCAUGUUGCAAGGAUCUGUACACAAUUCCUGGAAGCUGAAAAUGUCCCAGUUCUUCCAUGGCCUGCAUACUCACCGGCCUGCAUACUCACCAGACAUGUCACCCAUUGAGCAUGUUUAGGAUGCUCUGGAUCGACGGUUAUGACAGCGUGUUCCAGUUCCCGCCAAUAUCCACCAACUUCACACAGCCAUUGAAGAGGGACAACAUUCCACAGGCCACAAUCAGCAGCCUGAUCAACUCUAUGUGAAGAAGAUGUCGCGCUGCUUUAGGCAAAUGGUGGUCACACCAGAUACUGACUGGUUUUCUGAUCCAUGUCCCUAUCUUCUUUCUUUCUUUUUUUUUUUUAAGGUAUCUGUGACCAACAGAUGCAUAUCUGCAUUCCCAGUAGGGCUGGGCGGUAUACCGUAUUUUACAAUAUACCAGUAUUGAUGCACGGCCCGGUUUGGGUUUUUACUUUACCUUCUACAACGGUAUUUGAAUGUUUGGUUUGUUAAAUGUGAUAUCCCAUGUGUAAUGUCAAUUUUUAUAGUUUACUUCGCUACUUGAGUCAUCUCUCUCCAUGCCGCUUUCCACACAGACCUAGCCCCGCCCGCUGUCACUUAAGGCACGAGACACUUGCGUUUAGAUUCCUAAUGGUCAAUUCAGCACAUGCAACAAUGUUGAUGACAACGAUGCUGUUUUCACUUGCUUCUUAAUAUAAAUCCACUAGCGUUCUAUAAUUAGACUAUUAGUUUGUGUUUCUUACAUCUGCAAAACAGCUAGUUUGUCAUUUCUUAGUAAGUUGGGCCUAAAUCUUGUUAGCCACUAAUGCUAAUCGCUAGCUAAUACAUGUACUGAGUCAGAGCAAACGAACUAGCUAUACAGCCUGAUAAUACCAGUAAUGGUAUAGACCUACAUCUGUAUGUUUUUUUGUGCAACAGUAUCUUCUAAAUCAAAGAGGAAUAUGUUAGCUACAUGAAGUAGCUAAGAGAAAACAUAGGGUCCCCUAAGAAUCACUUGUCAACACUUUGGUUGCUACCCUGUCACAAUAACUCCUCCCUGGCAUUUUCAUUUGUUGUCAUUUCAAACACUGCAUUCAAAGUGCUCGCUAUUAUAUUCUAACUAUAGAAUUAGAAUAAUCAGUAUUUUUCCAUGAUUCCAACAGUUCGCCCAAGUGUUUUGCUCUAAAUUGCAACAUUUGGUUAAAAAUAAGGCAUAGAUUGUUUGCCCAUAUCGUGCCCUACAUGGCAGUGUGGAAAUGAUCUCAAAUGAGUGCAGGAAAUGCAGAAAUUGAUGAAAAUGCUGAAUAUUAUGUGGUUGAAUUGAACAGGAUAAAACAAUCAGAAUGGAGAAAGACCCAUUGAAAUCACUUAGAAUGUAUGUGUUGCCACCCUAGGGUCACGCACUACUCAUAAAGCAAAUGUUGAACUUUUAUUAUUCAAAAACAUCAAAUAUUGUCUAAUUAAAAAAAUAUUGUGAUAUGAUAUUUUGGCCAUAUCGCCCAGCCCUAAUUCCCAGUCAUGUGAAAUCCAUAGAUUAGGGCCUAAUGAAUUUAUUUAAAUUGACUGAUUUCCUCAAAUGAACUGUAAUAUUUUUGUUCAGUGUAGGUUUAUGACCCACAGCUACUUAAAUAUGUCUAUGCACCACAGCAUCGUGCCUAGCAGUUUAUUAAGGUGAAAGUUAGUUGUUUAUGAGUGUAUAAUGGUCAUCAGACAUCGUAAAUGGCACCCAGAAAUGGCACUUAGCCUAAUCCUUUUGUUUUUCCACACUUUUACAUGGCUGGAGGUGUUUGGUGCAGUUAAAACACUGCUUGUUAAAAUGUCGGAAAUAUGUGAAAAUACUGUCAUGAAGUUUUAACAGCUUCAUGAAAUGUAAAGAGCUUCUAUUGAACUCAGUCAUUGGUUGCGCUCCCUAAAAGACAUUUAUGCCUAUGGUCAGUGGUCUCAGAAUUAUCGCCACCCAAGGCGCUGUUUGGGUUCAUUUAGUGCAGUUGUUAUUUCUUGGCUGAAAUGACUUCCUAUGACCAUCCAAUAACCCCUUGACCUCUACCAGUUGUCUGAAAUCUAUCCUGUCUCAGAGUUCCAGCACUUUGUGUCAACCUUCGGAUGACAGACAUUUACCUAAUAGUUCUGUGUGUGUCCAUCUCUGUACAGCAUCUAGUCGGGCCAAAUGAGUGGACCAUCAAGGAUGGCCUCAUGACGUGGAGCACAUCACUGUCCCCUGCCUGACAUUGUGUGUAAACCAGUGGGCCAGAUGUCCUAUCCCACCCCCUUGUACUCCCACGCGGGCCGCGGGCCUUUCACUGACGUGUACGAGCCAGCUGAGGACACCUUCCUCUUGAUCGAUGCCCUUGAGCAGGAUGCUGACAGACUGAAGAAAAUUAGGUGAGCAGAUUGUGACGAUACCUGUGUUGUAUUCAUUAGUGCACACCGUAGCAAAACAUUUUGCAACAGUAAAUGCUUUGCAACAAAAAUGAGUUUCUUAUUGGACCAGUUCAGGGAGCCAUUCCCUGUUUCGAUCUGUUUGGUAUCUAGUGAAAAUGACCCUUGGUUGUGUUCAUUAGGCACCAAACGGAAGAAAAGAGACUGAAAAGGGAGGGACUCCCUGGAUUUGUCCAAUAAGAAUUUUCGCUUUCCGUUGCAAAACGGUUUCAAAUGUUUUCUGUUGCGUGCCCUAAUGAACACCACCCUAAUACCUGUUACUGGUCAACAAUACAGUUACUGACCUUUGACCCUCUCCUCCAGCCCCUCUGUGUGUCUAGAGGUGGGCAGUGGCUCUGGGGUGGUGUCCGCCUUCCUGGCAUCCGUGAUCGGACCUACAGCUCUAUACCUGUGAGUAGGUGUGUGUGACAGUGAGUGAGCGAGGGACUCUGACUGACUGACUGUUUGUUGGUUUGUUUGUUAGCAUGUGCGUUAGUAACAUGCCUAUAUCUGUUUAGGACAUUUUGUAAAAGAUACCUUUGUCUAGAGGGCUUGUGACUUGUAUGUGUGUUUGACUGGUGUGUGUGUGUGUCCUCCCCAGUUGUACCGACGUGAACCCUGAAGCAGCCCAGUGCACUCUGGAGACGUCUCGCUGUAACGGCGUUAGUCUGCAGCCCAUCAUCACGGACUUGGUGAGACACACACACACACUAGGGAUGUGCAUCUUUCCCUUUCAAAACGAUUAAAUACGUAUCUAGAUACAUGGGCUCAGAUACGAUACGUUUUGGUUUGAAACGAUUCAGUUUGAUUAGAGGAACAAAUUAAUGCGAUUCAGUUCGAUGCCAUCCGCCCUAACAAUGUGAGUCGUUGUCCACAAAGCGGCACGGCGGGCUGUCUAGCUCCCGCCUAUCCUUUCUUUGGAUUGGUGGAUACAUCUCAUUAUUCUAAUCCGUUUUUGAAUAUUCGAUGGUUGUUGAUGUCAACAACCUGUAUUCAAUGGAGAGAGAUACUGUGCUACUAGCCUCAUGACAUGAAUAUGCAUAGCCAUCUUGAGACAACUCCGAUAUAAAGUUAUCUUUCUCAAUGUUGCCGGGAUGUCACGUGUCCUACUUAUCUCAAUACACUCAUAACAACUUAAGCAUUACGAAACUUCUAUUCGAUCAAAUAAAUCUCACAUAGCAGAUAAUCUAUAAAAAAAAAUUGCUGACCAAAUUAGACACUCAUUGACCUCCAUACAAAAACUCCUUGCUUGGUGGGCGAAACAACGCUACCUGCUGGAGGGAGACAGAUUUUCCACAGAGUUGGGACUCUCUCUUCCUCUCUCUCUGAUUUACAUUUUAGUCAUUUAGCAGACGCUCUUAUCCAGAGCGACUUACAGUUAGUGAGUGCAUACAUUAAUUAUUAUUUUUUCAUACUGGCCCCCCGUGGUAAUCGAACCCACAACCCUGGCGUUGCAAACGCCAUGCUCUACCAACUGAGCUACAUCCCUGCCGGCCAUUCCCUCCCCUACCCUGGACGAUGCUGGGCCAAUUGUGCGCCGCCCCAUGGGUCUCCUGGUCGCGGCCGGCUACGACAGAGCCAUAAGGGAAACUGGGCAUCUACCACCCAACUAUCAGAUAAGGGGGGCAAUGUUUGCUUUUUGUCCCCCCACUUUUGAUCUGAAAUCACCAUGAUCCACUAAUACAUUUUUCAUUUUUGCAGAUUCAAGGUGUUUGAGCUAGUAAUGUAUCAAUAUUUAUCUUUAAAAACCAGCUAUGAUAUAGCCAAUGAAUAUAUACCACAACUUUGGAUUUCACCCCAUCUCAAAAUCGAAUGCUUUUCAUUUCCUCCUGAGUCAGGGUUGCCAUGUUCGUAGUUUUCAAGCGAAAUUGGGCUACUUUGAAAACGAUGUCACGGGUGAAAAUGUAUUGUUCGCGGGUUUUUGGGCUAGAUGAAAGUUGCACCGCGGACGCCAUGGCAAAUGUAUUUCACUGUGACCUGCUCAGGGCCUAAAAUGAACACCUGCCAAAUGCGGAUAGAUUUGGGCAUUGGCGGGUCUAUUUCACCAGCCACGUUGGCGGGUGGUCAGAGCUCCACAGUGUGAGCAUUUCACUCGCAUUUGUGAAUAAAAAUAGUCAAGUAUGAUCACAUUCAUAGUAAAAUGCUGCAGUAGCUGUUUUCAAAGUAUUUCUGCCGUUUGGCUUCAUAGCUUGUAAAUUAAUCGCACAAAGUCAAGGAACUACGAAUCCUAUAGCCUAUCCCACCUCGCGCUGGAACACUGCCUGGCUGGGGGCUGUGUGCAUGUGAAGAGCGGAGUGAAAGAUUAAUUUUUAGAAGCUUUGCCCACAGGCAUAAAAGUCGGUCUAAUUUACUUGAAACGAAAGUCUACUGAAGUGAGACUUUGUCCUUGUUUCUUGGCUAUUUACAUUGUUUUGUUCACAAGCUAGGUUGUUUUUCAAUGUUUGAGUUUAAACUGCUAGGGAAGGGAAGACAAUGCUGCUACAAGUCAGACUCAAUCUCACAGGCACAACGUGACUCUAGUCACAUUACCACGGUAACCUCAUAGCCCUUAAAGGGGCAGGUUAACUUUUCUCAUCUGUGAUAUAUUUUGGUUAAAAGACUCAGGUCACAAAAAAUCAUUAAAUUAAACAAUAUACCACAUUACUUCUUACUAGUAAAACAUUACAAAGCAUGCUCAUCCGUUUUUUUGUUUUGUUGGUGUAAUCUUUCAGAGAAAAACAAUUAUUUUGGCUGUUAAAAAAAUCUGAGUGGCUGGUUUUAAAUCUACCUGCCACAGUUGCUGGUGGACCAAAACAUUAAUUUUAUGCCUUGGACCUGUUGCUGACUAUCAGGCAGUGAGGCAGGCUGUUGCUGAGUGAGUGAGUCGUGGGGAGGGCAGGAGGGGUGUGUGUGUGUGUUGAGAGAGUACUGCAGAAAGCAGCAUAGUCCACUAUUGGUCACGUGAGUGAGAGGAGCCAGAGCAGCACUCGCGCUCGGCAUGCCACAUUUUUACCAGUUGUAGUUAGGCUAUUUAACUCGUCAUUAUGGAGACACCCCUUUUUAUUCCAAACCAUUUUCCAUUUAAGUGAAAAUGCCAGAGAAGCCAGUGUUUGGAGGAUAUAUUGGCACAGAUGUUGGGCAAACCGUGCCAAUAUAUCCUCCAAACACCGGCACACACAGGCCUGGUGAGAAAGAUAAACACACUUCCUCUCCAUUUGUUUACCCCAACUUCACAUCUGUCCUUCUCCGUUUUAGGUGGACUCUCUCUUGCCAAGGUUGUGUGGAAAAGUGGACGUUCUUUUAUUCAACCCUCCUUAUGUCGUCACACCAUCAGAAGAGGUAGAAAACUAGACUACCAUAGUGAUGGAAUUGUGUUUACAGUAUGCGUGUUUGCAUACUGCAACAUCUGUGUGUGUGUGUGUGUGUCAGGUGGGUAGCCAGGGCAUCGAGGCAGCCUGGGCUGGUGGGAGGUGGGGCCGAGAGGUGAUGGACAGGUUCUUCCCCCUGCUUCCAAAGCUACUGUCUAAUCAGGGGUUGUUUUACCUGGUCACUGUGGCAGAGAACAACCCAGGUGAGCCUCCCACUUCCUCUCUCGGUUUUGACUUCUUGGUUUGGGAUGUAUAUCUCAGUCUACAUUGAUACAUGCUACAAUGGAUACGUUACAUACGGCCUGAUGUUAUUUGGCAUUGAUUAAUUUUUUACUACCUUUGUGAGAAAAGCGGUCUACCCUGCAUAGCUUGUUUAGGUCCAUGGUUAGAAUACCACUCCUUGGAAUAUGUUUCUGUCAUUUGUGCAGAAUGAGUGAGUGACACUAUGACUGCAGUAUGUAGGUGGGAUCAUUAAAAUGUAAUUACCAUUGAAUACCACAACACUGGUCUCUGCAACAAAACAAAGUGUUUCUUAUUGGACAAAUCUAGACAAUUCAUCCCUGUUUCAGUUCGUUUCCUUCCAUCUGAUACCUAAUGAACACUACCUUACUGUAACCUGUUUCUUCCACCAGAGGAGAUCACCACUCUGCUGAGGAAGUCUGGCCUGCAGGGGGUGCCCUGUCUGUCCAGACGAACUGGGCCAGAGAGCCUCUCUGUGCUGCGCUUCCACAGAACAAUGUGACCCUCCCUGUCCCUCGACCACAGCUGAACCACAGACGAGACCAUGAACCUGCUGCUCCGACCACACCAGGACCACAGCGGGUUCAGCUUCAUCUCAACAACCAGGAGUGG